AUGGAUUUCGCGCUUCUCUCAACCCGUUCUGAGAAAAAUGGAGAGGAGCUGAAACCCACCUAACUGCAAAAAACAGAUCUAAUAUGCCUUCCACAAGGUGGUUUUCCCGUAAGGGGCGCCCUGAUUAGGCAUUUUUGGACAACAACUAGUCCAACCGAAAAAAAAUGGUGA